UUUCUGCCCUCAGAUCCGAACGAGUCGUCAUUUGUGGACGACUUCAGCACCGUCUACGAAGAGCUGAACUUCACCUACAACUACACGGAGUUCACCCUGAACCCGGCCACCGAACCCUGCGACAACUUCCGGUUCCCGGAUGUCGUGAUGCUGAUCGCCUGCUUGUUUUACAUCUUCGUCUUCCUGUUGGCCAUUCCGGGGAAUCUGGUGGUGGGGUUGGUGAUCGGGCUGAGCAAGCAGGCUCUGAUCCCCUCUGACCUCUACCUGCUCCACCUGGCGGUCGCGGACCUGCUGCUGGCCUUCACCCUGCCCUUCUGGGCCACCUCCGUCACCUCCGGCUGGGUGUUUGGGGAUCUCAUGUGUAAAAUCGUCACCAUCCUGCAGGAGCUGAGCUUCUACUCCAGCAUCCUGUUCCUGACCUGCAUCAGCAUGGACCGGUACAUGGUCAUAGUGCGGGCGAUGGAGGCCCGGCGCACAAACCGCCAGGUGUGCAGUUGGGUUAUCUGCAUUUUGGUUUGGGUGAUCGGUGGGUUGCUGUCCCUACCGGGGUUCUUCAGCUCCGCGUUCCCUUCCCAAAACUCCACCCACAUGGUUUGCGCGGUGCAGUACAACCCCAGCAGCGCCGACGAGUGGCGGCUGGCCACCAGAGUCCUCCGCCACGCCUUGGGGUUCGUCAUCCCGCUGGCCGUCAUGCUGCCCUGCUACGGGGUGACCAUCCAGCGGCUGCUCCGCGUCCGCGGCGGCUUCCAGCGGCAGCGCGCCAUGAGGGUCAUCAUAUGCGUGGUGGCCGCCUUCCUGCUCUGCUGGACGCCGUACCACCUGGCGGUGAUGGCGGACACCUUUUUCCGGCUGAAGAUCGUGGAGUACGGGUGCCGGGAGAGGACGGCGGUGGACCAGGCCAUGUUUGCCACGCAGAGCCUGGGGCUGCUGCACAGCUGCGUCAACCCGGUGCUGUACGCAUUUGUUGGGGAGAAGUUCAGGAAGAAGCUGCUGCAGAAAAUGAGGAAGAUGGGCCUGUUGGAGCGGGCGUCGGUCUCCAGAGCCAGCAGGUCCUCCAUAUCAUCGGAAAUCACAUCAACAGUCAUGUGAAAAUGUUACUUAGAGCUGCAGGUUGGAACUUUUAUAAAAGUGUUUUUUCCAUAUUUGUGGAAACCGUCACCAUGUCAUGACAGUUUAUGAGACAUCUGUGAAAAAUCAAGCUCGUCCUCCUCCCUCAGCUACUACUCCUGACCAAAAACAGCCAAUCAGAGUCAGGAGGCGGGUCUUAGCCUGUCAAUCAUGCUCGUGUACGCCCUGUUCUCCUUCAUCUCCUCCCUGAGCUAUUGCCGUCUGAAAACAAUGCUCUGCUAUCAGUCCAAAAUAAACAACCAGAGCCAAGAGAGUCUUAGCGCUGUAAUUCCAGCUCAUGCAUGUUUUGAUCAGUGUGCUAAUGGAGGAGAAACAAGUUACCGUUACAGAAAAAUGGUUUAUCUGCUGUUAUCAGUGGCUAUGCUAACUAGCCUUAGCCUUUGUGGCUGAGGCUACGGAAGGCUAAGCCUAGUUAGCAUUUGUAAAUAGCUUUGUAACUCACUAACCAGCUGUAGCAUAGCAGACAACAAAGGGGAAGUAUGAGAGUGAUUGACAGCAUUAAGAUCCUCCUCUUGGCUCUGAUUGGCUGUUUUUGACAGAAACGUAUUUCUACAGUUAGAAGUGGGAGAACGUGGAGGAGCUCCAUUUUUUCUCACAUUCUGUUUCAUAACAAACUAUCAUGACAUCAUGAUAACUUUAACAUAAAUAUUUUUUUUAUAAAAAAUAUUUACUGAAGCUUUAACUCCAAAUAUUUGCUGGACUUUCUACAUAUCUUUUUACUUCUAGUUGCCUUUAAAACUUCUUUACCUUUUAUAAAUAAGUUUCCUAUGUGUUGAUGUACAUUUCAUUGUAUUUAUGCAACCAGAAGAAAGGCUUCCUUAACUUAAGCUGGGAACAUUUGUGCAGAAGUUUGUAAAGGUACCAAAAAUUAAACUCAAAUAACAGCAGCGCUUCUUCAACAUUUUACUUAAUUAAAAUGUUGAACAGUCCAAGAAAUUACUCAAGUGAAAAUAAAAAUGUAUUUGGCAAAAUUAUGACUAACGGAUCAAAAAAUCUGAUUUAGUAUUUUUUAAAAAUCAUAUCAUUACACAAAAUAUAAAUUUAGGUGGAAGAAUAUAAAAAGCUUUUUAAGUUGAUCAAAUACGACUAACUGUUCUAAAUAUUUAAAAAUGACAUCAGACGGACCAAAAAUUUAAAUAAUUCAUAUAAAUAACACAAUUAGAAAAUCUGGAUAUAGAAGCAUUUUUACAAAUCAAAUAAGAAAUGCAUUUAAAAAAUGCAGGUGUGUUGGGGAAAUUUUUGCUACACUGGUUUCUACUCAACUGUGCAUUUGUGUUGCCUCUAUUUUUAUUUUAGCAUAUUUAUAUUUUACUGAAAGUGGGAAAACCAGAUCUGUCAACAUUUAGGGUAAGUUGUGAAAAUAUUUCUUAAACUAUCUUACAGCAUCACAAUGUCUAGACAGACAAAAUGCUAAAAAAAACACCAACAGAUGCAGAAGAAACUGUGAAACAGAUGUUGGUCUUUUAUGAAUCUGUUUUUGUGUAAAUGUAAAAAUAUUUUUUAUCUGUUAAUAUUAUUAAAUAGUUUCAGCUGAGCUAGCUUUUUGUAUUUUACAUAUUAAAAAUCUAAUUUCUGUAUGGCCAAGAAACUUCAUUAAAGUUGAAACAAGGAA